UGAAUUUCGAGCUUUAGUGCAACCACACAUUGAUUAUCACCGUGGCACAGAUGUUCCACCAAAAAAUCACGCAGUUUGCCUGAUCAUUAUUUGCUGUGUUUUUCUGAACCUCUAUCAAAAAAACAAUGUCUUACGCUUACCUUUUCAAGUACAUCAUCAUUGGAGACACUGGUGUUGGGAAAUCUUGUCUUUUGCUGCAGUUCACGGACAAACGAUUUCAACCCGUUCACGAUUUGACGAUUGGUGUUGAAUUUGGAGCACGGAUGAUCACCAUUGAUGGAAAGCAGAUCAAGCUGCAGAUCUGGGACACAGCUGGGCAAGAAGCUUUCCGCUCAAUUACAAGGUCUUAUUACCGUGGGGCAGCUGGUGCACUGCUUGUGUAUGAUAUUACAAGGAGGGACACUUUCAACCAUUUAACUACUUGGCUGGAAGAUGCUCGUCAACACUCAAACUCCAAUAUGGUGAUCAUGCUUAUCGGAAACAAAAGUGAUUUGGAGUCCAGACGAGAAGUGAAGAAAGAGGAAGGUGAAGCUUUCGCUAGAGAACAUGGUCUAGUAUUCAUGGAAACCUCAGCUAAAACUGCAGCCAACGUUGAGGAGGCUUUCAUCAAUACAGCCAGAGAGAUUUACGAAAAGAUUCAAGAGGGAGUAUUUGAUAUUAACAAUGAAGCCAAUGGAAUUAAACUGGGGCCUCAACAUUUGCCUAGCAAUGCCAACACUCCAUCAGGAGGUGCCAGUGCCAGCCAAGGAGGAGCCUGCUGCUAAAAACAACAAGAAAGGCUACUACCGACAUCUCCUCUGACUUAACAAAACAAACUCUCGGCGUUAUAUUUAUUUACAGCCCGCCCCUCUUUUUCUCUUGUGUUCCUCAAUUUCGCCCCCCCCCCCCCACUUUAUAACCCUUUUUGUUUAACUUUGCUUCUGUUUUGUUUCGGUAAAACUGAUUUUCUUUUAUUUUGAUAUUUCGUUUGCCUUGAAGAUAAUUUAGAGAUAACAAAAUCUUUUGGUAUAGUGCACGUUUAAUUAGUAGGUUUAGCUCUUGAAAAUUCCCACUUCUUUCUUUCGUCCCUCACUUGUUUUCGGUGUGCUGAAAAACCCGUGCCAUGAUGGAUUACUUUAACAUGUCAAUCGUAAACUCAGGAACCCGUGUAAAAGAAAAGAAAUUUCAAGAUCCCUAAACCU